CAGUGCCACUGAGCUAAAUCCCCAUCCUGUUGUAACUUUGGAGAGUCUUCUCUCCCUUGGUUCAAGCUCAGCCUGGAGCUGUAGACACUAGCAAGCUGUUCACAGGUUUGAUGGCUGUCAGCCUUCAACCCUCAACCUCAGUCCAGAGUCUGCCAGUAACUGAGAGCUAAGCUAACACUUAGCAAGAAUGUGGGGUUCAGAGCUAGACAUGGGGGUUUGUGUCCCACCCUACUUCACAAUAGAAGAGUCACUAUCUCUGAGAAAACUUGUGUUCCAAAUUCAUGAAUCCCCAACAUGAUACAUUAGGAUGAGCAACUUGCCAGAACCUCUACCCCCUAGCCUUCCACAGAAGACUUGGUACACCUGGAGGUUCCUCCACCACUUAGAGCAGCAUUCUCUGAGCCCAAUGUGCCUGACAGCCUUAGAAUUCCUUGAUUCCAGCCACUAAGUUGACAUUACAGACCUAAUGUAACUAUUUCCUUGAUACCCAGUACCCAACACUUGGGGUGUGAGGUAGUUCAGGUAGCCAAUCAGAGGCCAGGAUUUGGGGGCGGUGGAGGUGAGAACCUCACACCUGGGCUGUUAAUCCCAUACCUAGGUUAAGCUUGGCCCAAAGAGGAGACUCCUAAGUGGAGUAUGGGAAGGGGCUAAGCCUACACAGCUGGCCUGGGACUUUGUCCCAAGGACAAGGAUGCCCAUAAAUAAAGCCAGACCCAGUGUUCACCCUAAUACCUGCCACAAUGCUACUGCUCAGCCUGACCCUUACCUUGGUUCUCCUAGGCUCCUCCUGCGGCUGUGGAGUUCCUGCCAUCGGACCAGCACUCAGCUUCAGCCAGAGGAUUGUCAAUGGGGAGAAUGCAGUAUCAGGAUCCUGGCCCUGGCAAGUGUCCCUGCAGGACCAAAAUGGCUUCCACUUCUGUGGUGGUUCUCUCAUCAGCCCGAACUGGGUGAUCACUGCUGCCCACUGCCAAGUCAGUCCCAGCAGCCACUCUGUCAUCCUGGGCGAGUAUGACCUUUCAUCCAAGGCUGAGCCUGUGCAGGUGCGGUCCAUCUCAAAGGCCAUUACACACCCGAGCUGGAACCCCACCACUCUGAACAAUGACCUGACGCUCCUGAAGCUUGCCUCACCAGUCCAGUAUACAGCACGCAUCUCACCUGUAUGCCUGGCUUCCUCAAAUGAGGCACUGUAUGAUGGCCUCAAGUGUGUCACCACUGGCUGGGGCCGCCUCAGUGGUGUGGGCAAUGUGACACCAGCACGCCUCCAACAGGCAGUUCUGCCCCUGGUUACUGUGAAUCAGUGCCGACAGUACUGGGGCUCAAAAAUCACUGACUCCAUGAUCUGCGCAGGUGCCUCAGGUGUCUCCUCAUGCCAGGGCGACUCUGGAGGCCCUCUUGUAUGCCAGAAAGGGAGCUCAUGGGUGCUUAUUGGUGUUGUCUCCUGGGGCACCAGUAACUGCAAUGUGCGAGCACCUGCUGUGUACACUCGGGUUAGCAAGUUCAACAGUUGGAUCAACCAGGUCAUAGCCUCCAACUGA